GAUAGCUAAAGUCGUAAAUAUAUUAGUAGUGUAAAAGAGAAGAGUUAGAGGAGUAUGAGCUGUGUAAUACAAGUACUGGCCCCCACCACCCAUGUGCUUUCUUCCUGUCUCCACCACUUCCUGUUUCAAACUCAAUCAUUACAUUACUCUCACUCACUCCUCCUCCCUCCUCCUUCUACCUUCUAGUUCUAUAUUCCUCUUCUUCAUCAAUCAACACUCCCAAAAAUAAAAACCCUCAUUUCCAACACAAUAAAAUAAUAAUAUUUUAUCCUCAAAUUUAUUUCACAUGUCUAACUGCAAGGAAACAACAACAACUAACGCCGUCGAACCCACAACAAACCAAACCGUUAAAAAACCGCCGUCAAAAGACCGUCACAGCAAAGUUGACGGACGUGGAAGAAGAAUACGCAUGCCAAUAAUAUGCGCCGCACGUGUUUUUCAGUUAACACGUGAGUUAGGUCAUAAAUCCGACGGUCAAACUAUUGAAUGGCUUCUCCGUCAAGCUGAACCGUCGAUUAUCGCCGCUACCGGUACCGGAACUACUCCUGCUUCUUUCUCUUCUCUUUCUGAGCAUAAACCUUUUCUUCCUCCUUCUCCUUUCAUUCUCGGUAAACGGUUAAGGUCUGAACAUGAUGAACCUGUUUCUAUUGCUGCACCCACUGCUCCGCCUGGUAUAUGGCGCCCGGAUUUUGCUCAGCUUUGGAGUUUUGCUGCUGCUCAACCUCCGCCGGAAGUUCUUUCUAUUUCUCCGCAUCAGCAACAACAUCAGCAUAAUUCGUUGUUUCAUCAUCAACAGCAGCAACAACAGCAGAAUCAGCACCAUCAGCAUCAACAGCAAGGUUCUAUGGGAGAAGCUUCCGCGGCGAGGUUAGGGAAUUAUCUUCCUGGACAUUUGAAUUUGCUUGCUUCGUUGUCUGGUGGUAAUGGUAAUUCUGGCCGCGGUGACGAUGAGGAUCGUUGAUUGGUGAAGAAUUACGGUUGUGAUGUUCACUGUUCAUGUUUUUAGUAUAAAAUAUAGAUAUAUAAAUUAUGAUAAGUGUGUGUGUGUUUGUUUAAUUUUGUGGCUAUGGUUUUGUAAUUUUUGUUGUUGUGUGUGUGGAAAAGUAGAAGAAUCUUAGUCAAUUUUUAGGGUUAGGUUAUUGUUUAUUUUGGAGUCGAAAAGUCGUUGAAGUCCUUGAAUUGAGGAAUUCAAUUAGAAUUAGGGUUUUCCUAGGUGGGAAAACCGAUUAGGUUUUUAGAAAAAUGGUGAAUUAUUUGUUUAGAUUAUUUAGGUCUUUGUUGGAGGAAGGAAAAUGGAAGCAUGGAAUUGAAUUGAAGCUUGAUUGGUAUGCAAAUGCGAACGAAAUGGAAUGUAAAGAUUAGUCAGCGAGUGCUUGAAAUUGAAUGAAGAUCGAACUCGGAGUGAUGAGUUAAGUUGCUGCUUCUCUUACUCUUUCAUGGUUGGUUUUGAAUUUUAAUGACUUUUACUUUUGUUAGUGAGAGUACAAGUUUAGUUAUUCAUAUCAUGGGAGUACCAGAGUUCGAACUCCGAUAUCUGCAUAUUACAUGCAAUGUCUCUGUCAACUGAGCUAUGCACCGAGCUAUGCUCAUAGAGACAGUAAAUGUGUAUCUCUAUCUGAUAAUCAAUUGUUGGUCCAAUUUUAUUGGAGUAUAAGUAUUUUCAGAAUUCCAUGCUUCUUGGCUGCCAAUUCAGCAUGAUUGAAGGGAUUGGGGGUCCAUUUGAUGUGGCCAUGGUAGUAGGAAUGUGGCAUAGCUGCUGGUGAGCUGUGCCUUACUUUGUUCUUCACUUUCACUUUUUUGGUGCUUUUAGUUUGUUUGAGAGAGAACUAGUACCUGAAAAACAUGGACUACUAGUUCUUACUACUCUGUAAGAACUCUGUUUUGAUAUUUUUAUCAGCAAUUCUUAUCCAUUUGUUAGAUUGAUUGAUCAGUGUGACUGAGAAUAAUAAUGUGUUUUCUUCUAUGUAACUUUAUUGUUGUGGGGUGUUAGUGAAGUUAAUAAAAACCCAUUUGUUUCUUUCUA